CCCCGUGUCACUUCCCGUCGCCGCUGGCGCCUCCUGUCCUGGGCCUGCUCCGCGCGCCGGAACCGCGAUACCGACCCCCCCCCCCCCGCGGCCGGGCCAUGGAGCGGUACCGGGGGCUGACGGACACCGAGCUCAUCGCCAUGCUGCGGCGCUACGGCAUCCCGCCCGGGCCCGUCGUGGGAUCGACCCGGAAGCUGUACGAGAGGAAGAUCUGCGAAUACGAGAGCCAGCGCACCAAGCUGUCACCCCCGGGGGGCUACUCAGAUCCUGGCACCACCGAGACCUACAUCCGGGAAUCUUACAGCUACCCGCAGCAGGAGGAGCGGCGCCGCUAUGGGGCGGAUGACUCCAGCCCCACCACGACGUACUCGCGGGCACUGUAUGAUUUCCCUCAUCGUGAGGGUCGCACCGGCUACCUGGGGGAUGACAUGGACGAAGAAUCUUCCUCCUCCUCCUCCUCCUCCUGGCUCUAUGGGGCAGCCCCAGGUCCCCUGGGCGAAGCCACCGCCCGCCAGCCGAUCGGAGAGGCCACGUCCUACACCCCGAGCAGGUCGGAGGAGACCGAGAGCAGGGACGGUGUCUCCUACCAGCGGGUCUGCCGGGCUCGCCCUGCCCCGCCCCCCAUGCGGGUGGAGCCGCGCCGUGCCAUCCACCCCCUGCCCCGUGGGGGGCCAGGGGGGGCCGGGGAGGGAGGCUUCCGGCGCUUCCUGCCUCUCUGGCUGCAGCUGCUGCUCUUCGGGGCGCUCGCGGCCUUCCUGGGCUACGUGUACUGGGCCCUGCAGGGCGGCGCCGACGACAACCCGUUCGUGCUGCCCCCUGAGGAGUGAGGGGACCCCCAUCCUGCCUCCCUGCCCCCCAACACCUCCAAGGGCCCACGUCCUGUGUCUCAGUCCCCCCCAUCCUAUCUCCCUGCUUCC